CCAUCAUACCAUACAUAAUAGCAAUAAUCUUGAGAAACUUCUGAUAUACUCUCUGUUUCUUGUGAAACUAUAAACUUUGAAAAAGAAACAAGAAAAAAAGAUGGGGAAGCAAGGGCCUUGCUGUCACUGUGGAGUUACAAGCACACCUCUAUGGAGAAACGGUCCACCAGAGAAGCCAGUGUUGUGCAAUGCGUGUGGUUCCAGAUGGAGAACAAAAGGAACACUAGUAAACUACACACCACUUCAUUCUCGUGCUGAAGGUGAUGAGCUUGAGGAUCACAGAGGUCAGAGAACGAUGCUGAUUAAUGGAAUGUCUGUGAACAAAAAGAUUCCCAAGAGGAAGGCAUACCAAGAAAAUUUCACAGUCAAGAGAACCAACUUGGAAUUCAACAACGGUUUCAAGAAGAGGUCAUUAGAGGAAGAAGGUAGCAAUAGGUCGAGUUCAGGUUCGGUUGUGUCAAACUCAGAGAGCUGUGAACAGUCUAACGCAUGGGAAACGACUUUUCCUUGUAAGAAGAGGACGUGUGUGGGGCGUCCUAAGGCGGCUUCUUCUGUUGAGAAGCUCACAAAGGAUCUUUUUAGUAUUCUACAAGAACAGCAAUCUUCUUGUCUCUCUGGUUGUUCAGAGGAAGACUUGCUUUUUGAGAAUGAGUCACCUAUGGUGAUAGGACAUGGGAGUGUUCUUAUGAGGGAUCCUCACUCAUGUGGUGCUCGAGAUGAGGAGUCUGAAGCUAGCUCACUCUUGGUUGAGAGGAGCAAGUCCUCAUCAAUACGUUCUGUUGGAUUUGAGAGAUGCCAGAGAUCUCUUAGCUUUGGUGGGAAAGAUAUAAAGCAGGAGCAGCUCAAGAGGACCAAAUCUCAAGUGUUGGGAAGAGCUAGUUUACCACUCUGUAACAUAGAUUUGAAGGAUGUUUUCAACUUUGAUGAGUUCAUGGAGAAGUUUACAGAGGAAGAACAGCAAAAACUGAUGAAACUACUUCCUGGAGUUGACUCUGUUGAUCUUCCUGAUAGCCUGAGAAGCAUGUUUGAGUGUUCUCAAUUCAAAGAGAACUUCUCCUUGUUUCAGCAACUUGUGGCAGAUGGUGUUUUUGAGACAUUAUCAUCAUCGUCAUCAUCUUCCUCUGGAUCUAAACCUGAAGAGUUCAAGAGACUUGCAAAGCUUGCUUUAUCAGAUCCUAACAAAUCACAUUUGUUGGAAAGCUAUUACAUGCUCAAGGAACAGACAAAAGUGAGUGAAGACUCUGUUACCACAACAUCAAGUGUCUCAAAUCCGAAUCUAUCAAAUAGUAAUAGACUUGUAACUGUUGAAAGAUCUUGUGAAAGCUUAAGCCAAAACUUCUCAGAGACAAGUGCUGUGAUGAAGAGUCCCAAAGAAGUGAUGAAGAUUAGAUCAAAACACAUUGGAACCGAAGAGAUUGUAGAGAACAGUAUCUCUUCCUUAAACCAUAUGAGCUACGGUGGACCAUAUGAAGAUAAUGAUAUGUGUGAUGAGGAUGUUCUUCUUGAUGUGCCGUCUAAUGGAUCAUUCCCACAAGCAGAGCUUCUUCACAUGAUAUGAAAGAAGAGAAAGUUUCAGAAAACUCUUUGGUGUUUGUUUCUCAGAAGAAAGACUAAAAAUACCUUUUUUAAGAUCUCUCUCUCUCUCAUAACUCUAAUGACUGAAGAGAAAACUUAAUUACUCUUUAGGCCUCUCUGAGAAAAUGUGGCCAAAUGAGUUUUUUUCUGCAUUGGAAAUUGCAAUCUGCAGAUAUUUUAAACAGAAGAACAUUUUAUAAAAUGCUCUCUUUGGUGGUCUUAUACCAUACACUAUUUUUUGCUC